GUCGUUGCCAUCCGGAAUUUUCUCCGCGCCUAUUGGUGCCUUGUUCCUGUGACCAAACCGCCCAUUGUAAUCCAAUUGAGUUCUUACUGCGAGGAUCUAAGAAUAGUACCAUUUUUAGAAAAACUUCGAAACGCUUCGAGCAGACAUAAUAAGGAUAUGCUAUGGAGAAAAUGAGUAUGGAAGCACUUAAAUAUGAUAACCAUGCCUGGUGAAAAGUCGCCUGAUGGAUUAGUAGCAGUACAGUAGUGCUUAGUUACAGAAAGUAAACGAAGCAACACGCAAUGAUGGUGAGGAUUACUACUGAGCUUUAGAGAUUGCGAAGAAAAUACAAGAAAGAAAUCUUCGUGACUGCGAAUGUAACAAGGAUGAGCAGCACAUUUGUGACCCUGGCAGAGGUGCUGGAGGGCAGAGGGGGGCCUCUGGGGGAAGAUGAGCUGUGGGCCCUCCUCUCAGCCACAGCAGAGUCCUUAGUGGAGAUAUCCCACCCAGGUAACAGCAGCAUGUGCAAUAUAAUCAGCCCCGGGUCGUUCCUGCUGUCUGUGAGCGGGGCCUUCGCGUUUAAGAACUGUGCGCUCUCCGACGAGGUGAGCGCCUUCACCGCCCCAGAGCUGCUGCAGGGCCGCCACGGCUCCGGCAGGCUGGCCACAGAGAAGAUGAUUGUUUAUUCCCUGGGAAUGACCCUCUACUGGUCAGCUGAUUUUCACCUUCCUCAGAACCAGCCAAUCCAGCUGAGUGACGCCUUGAACUGCCUUCUACUGAGCAUGUGCGAAGAAAUGGCCUUCAAGAGGGUCAACCUCAACAGCAUUUUAGAAGUGUGCGAUGCGCACCACAAGAGAGCCCUCCUGCCCCCUCCCAGUAAAGUCAUCCAGCGCCUGGUGGAGGGCGUCUUCCGCGAGUCUGCGGACUCCUUAUCUGAGAGUGCAGUUCCGAUGAGUGACAGGAGUCAGAUGAUCAGAGAGAGACUGCAUGGUAAACGGGGACCAUACCGUGCCUCGGGAGAAGGUUCCAGAUUGUCAACGGAUGCAGAGAACAAGUCAGGUCCGCGCCAGGCAGCAGCGUGGGCUCCGAAGAGCAGGAGCUCCCCGUUACACACGUACCAAACCAUCCCUGACCGAAAUCCCCGGAGGCUUCAACACAGAGGGAGUGACAGCAGCUGGAUCACCCGAAGUCCCCACCUGGAUGUCCCGCAUCCAGGUGACCACAGACCUGCGUCCGUCACCAUGAGUGACUCCACUAUCAGCCUCGCCCAAAGGAAGACCAAGGUACUCGAGUUCAACACGAUGUCGGAGGAUCAGCAGACGGUCUUGGAGUUGCCUGGAUCCAUUGUGUCAAGGAAAGGGAAGUCGUGCUCGUCCCAGCGGACCCUGAACAUCAUCAUGCCAAACGGGCAGCGGAUUGUGGUCAAGUGUGACAUCAAGUCCAGGGGGCGGGACGUGUUUGACAUGGUGGUGGCUCACGCCAACUUGGUGGAGCACUUCUACUUUGGCCUUGCUUUCCUUGACGAUAAUGAAUUCUUCUUCCUGGAGAAUGAGACUAAAAUCUCUAAAGUUGCGCCUGACUGUUGGAAAAAAUUCCCCACUGCUAGUUUCGUUCUGUAUCUUCGAGUCAAGUUUUUCGUCGAUGACAUUGGGUUCACUCUGCACAAGCUCACACGGCACCAGUACUACUUGCAGCUGCGGAAGGAUAUCCUUGAGGACAGGCUGUACUGCAACGAGGAGAUGGGCUUGUUUCUCGGAGCCCUGGCUUUACAAGCGGAGUUCGGGGACUACGUGCCUGAGGUUUACGGGAAGGGCUACUUCCAGCCAGAGCAGUACGUCUCCAAGACUGUGCUGGGGAAGAUGGCCUUGCACUGUUUAAAAGAAGAGUUGUCACGGUUACACGCCAGUAAUGCCCGGAUGCUUCCGGAAGAAGCCGAGAUGGAGUUUCUAAAGGUUGCCCAGCAGCUCCCAGAGUACGGCGUGCUAUUCUACCGUGUCGCUCGGGAGAAGAAGCCGAUAAUCGGAGAGCUGGUCCUGGGGAUAUGUGCCAAAGGACUCAUCGUCUACGAGUUCCGAAAUAACUCCAGAGUUGCGAGUCUCAGGUUCCAGUGGAAGGAAACGGACAGCAUUUCUGCAACUCGACGGAAGUUCACAGUGGAAAGCAGCUCCAACAGGAAAAAGCACACCUUUGUAACCGAGAGCUCAAAAAUCGCCCAGUAUCUGCUCAACCUCUGCUCCGCACAGCACAAGUUUCACAAUGAGAUGAAUUCUCGAAGGCUGAGCCAGAAUCUGGCCUCAGACGAGAGUGCUUGGAAGUACGGGGGCUUGAGUCGGUCGCGGCACGAGCACAUGAAGCGGCUGUCGUGCUCGGAGAUGGUGCUCAGCCGCGCCGGCCUGAACGCCCCGCCCACCGACGCCCUCAGCAGGUCCUGCGAGGACCUGCCCGCCAAGCUGGAGGCGCGGCUCAGGCAGCGCGUUCUCAACGAGGCCCGGGAACUGCGUCGGGAGUGCAGUUCUCCAGAACCCAUCCCUCGCGUGCUGUCCAGCAGCUCCCUGCAGAAGAACGACUCCGAGGCGUACUCCAUCGCCUCCACCUCCAUCAGAGUGGACACCCCGACGAGAGUGACCCCAGAGAGGGAAAUCAUAUGCGUGUCCCUGAAAAAGGACCCCAGACUCGGCCUUGGCUUUAUAAUCGUUGGGGAAGACAACACAGGGAAACUGGAUCUUGGGAUCUUUAUUGCCUCGGUUAUACCUGACGGGCCAGCUGACAAAGAUGGCCGUAUCAGACCAGGUGGCCGGCUGAUCUCUCUGAACAAGAUCAGCCUGGAGGGAGUGACCUUCAGUACGGCGGCCAACAUCCUGCAGAACUGCCCGGACGAAGUGGAGCUGAUCGUGUCCCAGCCCAAACAAACGUUGCAAGACAGCAAGAGCUCGCUGACGCAGAGCAGCAUGGGAUUGAUGAUGGAGCGCAGCUUCGACUCCCAGACCACGCUGACCGCCGAGUACCGGCCGGCCGUGGAGGAGCUGGAGGAGGUCCUGUCUGGAAUCAUGACCCCAAAAUCCGUCCGAAGGCUGCACAUACCCGUGGUGCGAAUCCUGGACCCGCAGGAUGGCCGCUCCAGAUCUUCCUCUAUAUCCAGUUUGAGGCCAGCAGAGCUGCUCUUUGUGGAACUGAAGAAGGAAAAUGGCAGCCUAGGAAUCAGUGUCACUGGGGGCAUCAACACCAGCGUGCGCUACGGCGGGAUUUACAUCAAGAGCCUCGUCCCUGGAGGAGCCGCAGAGCAAGAUGGCCGAGUGCAGAUAGGUGACCGGCUGCUGGAGGUGGACGGGACUAACCUGCGCUGUGUGACUCACAAACAGGCCGUGGAAUGCCUGAAAAAGACUGGGGAGGUGGUGAACCUGGUCCUGGAGAGGGAGACCGUGUCAGUGCCCUAUUCGGUCAGCACCGAGGGACAGGACGGCCUCCGCAACACCCCCAGCCAGAGCCCCUCCCCCGUCAGGAAGCGCAGCCAACCCGCCGCCGUUCCCAUGGAAACGCCCCUGCCCGUCAAGGCCAAGGACUACAGCUUUGUGUCGGAUGAGAACACACAGGAAGUGACUUUGAGAAAGAACCUGAGCGGCCUGGGAUUCAGCUUCCUGAUCUCGGAGCUGGAUACCCCAGAGGAUUCUGGGAAUGUGGUCCGGAUAAAGAGGCUCUUCCAGGGACAGCCGGCAGAGGAGAGCGGGCUCGUCCAGCAGGGUGACAUCAUCCUGGCCGUCAACGGCCUGGGGGUGAAGGGGCUGUCCUAUCAGGCAGUUCUGCACCUCCUGAGGGGGGGCCCAGAGGAGGUAACCCUGUUGCUGUGUCGCCCCCCUCCCGGCACACUGCCCGAAUUUGACGCCAACGCCAUGACUCCCAUUCCAUCUCCCACUCGAGAGCACAGAUCGAAGUCCAUGGACCUGCAGGUGGCGGGCGUGACCCCCGAGUUUCACCGGCUGCUGCUGCAGAGGGUCAAGGAGAACACCUGCAGACAGGUGAGCGUGUCUGAGGGCCGGGAAGGGCCCCAGGUGACGCAGCAGAGCCCAGAGAACAAGCCCAAGGCGGAGCUGGCCCCCUCCCCACACUCCAGCUCCAGCGCAAGCAGUAAUGCCGGGGACCAGGAAACAGCGACCGCCGCUGACACUGAGCCCUCCCUGGCAACAGGCUCCGCCCCGGAGGAGGAGCCAAGUGAUUCUAGCGCUGCCUACACCAAUCACGCUCCCACGUCUGAAAGCACCGUCCCGGAAGACCCCGCCAUCUUGGCGGAGAACGGGCUGGUCAUCCAGGCGGACGAGGAGUACCUGACCAUCACCUCCACCUCUGGGAGCCCCAUCAGCUGCAGCUCGGAAUCCUCGGAUGGCCCCAUGUAUGGAGUCGUGCCCAGCCUGCUGCCCCCCGAAAACGACCCGGCCGAGCUCUCUUACUUCAGCAACUACGCGUGGGACGAGUCGGAGGAGGAUGAGGAAGACCCGGGGAAGGAUGCGAUGAAGGAGUUUGAGCUGAAGGUGACGCUCACCAAGUCCCGGAGCGGGAGCUUUGGGUUCACCAUCGCACGGAGCAAGCUGGACGACUGCUACUACAUCCAGGACGUCCUGGACAAUCCCGCCAAGGCGGACGGCAGGCUGCGAGGCGGAGACCGCCUGGUCACGGUGAACGGCUACGACGUGACGAACGUGACAGACGACGUCGCCAUAAAGAUCCUGCGGUCCUCUACCAAGCGGCUGAAGAUGGUUUUGGGGAGGGCAGUGCAGAACCUGCGCGCCCCCCCUCCCCCCGACAGCCUCCCGGACAUCACCCUGUACAAGACGCCGACAGGACAGCUUGGUAUAAAGCUGACGGGGGGCAUUGGCAGUAAGUGGCAGGGCAUUUACGUUCUGGAGGUGGUGCCAGCCUCGCCCGCCAGUGAGGACGGCAGUAUUCAGCCCAACGACAAAAUCCUCUACAUCUGCGGCAAGUGCACCAUGGGAAUGAGCCUGGAGGACGCGGUGAAAGCCUGCGAGCUCGCCCCGCGCAAGGUCAAGCUCAAGGCCGUCAGAGACGACCAGCCUGUGACGUCAAAGGGAAAAUGGAAUGGUUUAUUCGAAUGGAAGAAGGACAUCAGAUUUUUCCCGCGGUCCGAGGAGCACAGCCCGGCGGGACCCGCGGUGGCGGCGGGCGAGGACGCCACAGUCACAGUCACGCCCAAGCCCAGCGUGAAGUUCAGAGGGCGUCUCUCCGUGACCUCAGAGCCGGAGAGCUGCAUUCUCCAGGUGGAGUUCCAGAAGCCGGAGAGGGGGGGGCUGGGCUUCUCCCUGGUGGGGGGCAUUAACGGGAGCGUGCUCCGCGUGAGGGAGAUCUGUUCGGGAAGCCUGGCCCAGCAGGACGGCAGACUGAGGGUGGGAGACGUGCUGCUGGAGGUGAACGGCAUCAUCGUGUCUGGACUUAGUCACAGUAAGGUAGUGGACAUCCUACGCAAAGCGGAGGGCUCAGUGCAGCUGACCAUCGGCAGGGAUACCCCGCCUCAGUGUGGCUCUGCCCCCGGCCCCGCCCACUGCCACGCCCCCGGCCACUGCCCCACCCCUGGCCCCGCCCACAGCCCCGCCCACAGCCCCACCCCUGAAUCUGUGUUUGCCACCACUCAGGAUUCACCAGAAAUCACCACACAACCAGAAGCUAAGGAAGAUCUGGAAAACCCUCAGGCUUCAUGGAAUGAAGAAAAACAGGGAGAAUCUCCUGAGAGUUCAGAAAAGGACAGCCGAAACUGUACACCCAUGCACCAGACCUGCUGCCCUCCCCUCUGCGUCCCAGACAUGCUACAGGACGCCUCCGAAAGAGCCCCGCCCCCGCACUCACACCCAGACAAGGGUGUGAAGGGAAAGGUCAAAGGUCAGUCUGACGGCUGGAGUAGCGAUGAUGAUGAUGAUGAUGAUGACGGUGACGACGAAGACGGAGAGUCGUCUAAGCCCUCCGAUCAGGAGCCGACGCCUCUCGCAGGUCCACCUAUAGUGACAGAAGAGGAGCUGUCCAGCUUGGCGAUGAUCAGCCCCUCCAGGACUGGUCAAUACUCGGGGUCAAGGGUCAAAGCGCUCAUCCAGAUCCUGCAGCACCAACUGGACCAGCAGGAGCUGGUGAAAGAGUUCAUGGCACUGGAACAUUUGAAACCCUCCGACAACUGCCUCAUUGGGAAAGCACCUGAAAACCGGGAGAAAAAUCGAUACCGGGAUAUCCUCCCCUACGACAGCACGCGGGUCCCGGUGGGGGAGGCCGGCGAGUACAUAAACGCCAGCUACGUCCGGAUGCGGGUGGGGCCGGACGAGUUCCGCUACAUCUCGGCCCAGGGCCCGCUGCCCGGCACGCUGGACUGCUUCUGGCAGAUGGUGUGGGAGAACCGGUGCCACGUCGUGGCCAUGAUGACCCAGGAGGCGGAGCACGGCCGGGUCAAGUGCCACCGGUACUGGCCCGAGAGCCCGCACGAGCCCCUGGACACCGCCCGCUACCGGCUGCUGCUGGACAACUUCCAGAACCAGGACUACUUCCACAUAAAGAUCAUCAAAAUGGUGGAGAAGAAGACCGGAGACACGCACCUGGUGAAGCACCUGAAGUUCACCACCUGGCCGGACCACGGCACGCCGCACAGCUCGGAGCAGCUGGUGCGCUUCAUCCGCUACAUGCGCGCGGCUCACCAUGGCGACGGGCCCGUCGCCGUGCACUGCAGCGCCGGCAUCGGCCGCUCCGGCGUGCUCAUCUGCACCGACGUCAUCCUGGGCCUCAUCGAGAGGGACCUGAGCAUAAACGUGAGCGACAUUGUGAAGGAGAUGAGACUCCAGAGAUACGGAAUGAUACAGACAAAGGAACAGUACCUCUUCUGUUACAAAGUCUGGCUGGAGGUGCUGCAGAGCAUCCUGCUGCUUCACGGUAACCGCUGGCAACCGGAGAAGCCCACGUGAAUCCAAAAUCCCAUUUUCCACCAAACUCUGGUCCCCAAGUACCCAAUGAAGAGACUCGUGUGUAUAUAAGUAGGCAUAUAUCUAUUUGUAUACGUUUUAUUUUCUUUCUUCUUUUUUAAUUUGUAAUCUUCAUAUUUCAUAAUUUCUUACUACAGAGGAAGUGUGCUGUUUGAUAUUUGGGUAAACGUAGCUAUGCGGGUCUGCGAAGGUUGAUUGGACCUUUGGUUUUAAGUCUGUAAUAGCGAGCAGAUGUUUGGUACGUAGCACAGAGACCAGCCGUGUGCCGAUUUACGUGCUGAUGUUCAGUGUUUGUCCCGGUCCGCUGAUUUCACAGCCUUCUGGGACAUGUAGUCAUCUUGCCUUGAAAGUUUAGCUGGAAGGAAAUGUGUGUUUCUGGAAGUAAUUUGAAUUCUUUUUCACUUGUGUUUAAUUGCCCUGUGAAUAUAAAUUUAGCCUGUUAUUUUUUGUUUUUUACCUUUCAUUUACAGCAAUCAAUUUAAAUAUUUUAUAUUCCUUUUUUUUCGUACUAUGUAACAUUGUGCAAGUCUGUGGUACAUAAUGGCAGUUAAGAUAAGAUAACACACUUAAGAUCACGAAGAGACUUUAAAUAUGAAAAUGAACAAUCUGGGGAUAAACAGGGGCAUUAAGUGCUUUUGCAUUCACAAGAAGAUUGUAAACAGGGUCCUAAAAGGGAAGGCUUUGUAGCGUUUUCUGUCGAUUCAUUCGCUUUCUUUUCCAGCAACAAACGUCAGCGCUCCAUGCAUGCUGUCUGUAGAUCGUUUAACAGCCAUCAAAAGGAGGAAAAAAUCACGUGCCUUAGACGCUAACAAAUUCUGUGCACCUUUUGGGCCGAGUUGCCAUAGCUGUAGCGGCAAAGGCAUUCACGUAGACAAAUAAACGAAUGUACUAAAGCACACGUCGACAGGCCACUCAGACAGGUUUCUCCGAGCACGAUGGCUAAUGCUGGCUAACGCGUGGUUCAUCAAGUGAACACCACGAUGGUUCAUAAUGUGACCUCCACAAUGCUUCAGAACAUCAGCACCGCAAAUGCUUAGCGUGACCGCAAUGCUUCCUAACAUGGCCACCGUUACAGUGUUCUGAGCUCGUCGGCGAUGACCUGCUCAAACGUUUGCAGCUUCGAGUUCGCGUUGUGCCCGUAACGCAGAUCAGGCAAACGUGGCCUGCCUGGGGCAAACAUUUAUUUGGAAACACUAACUUUAUAGAUGCUGGCAAGAUCAUAAAACACUCUUGAGAACCCGUCAAGGACACAAAAAUGUACUGUCAGAUAAAGAAUGUCACAAGAACAGGCAACGUGUUCUGUUUCUGAAUGUACUGUCGUGCUCACAUGCACACACUUGCUGCCUAUGUCCCCACCAAAAAUCUAAAGUCGGACAAUGCAAGCAAUCCUUCAGCGAAUGUGAACCAUUGAGAGAUGGUAAUACUGUUAUUUUUAUAUAUUUCUUUGUUCCUAAUAUACUGCUGCUUCUUCACAGGUAUUUUGCAGUGCUUCCGCGCAGUUAUAGAGUCUAACUGUGCACAGCAUAACUCUUCUGAACUGUAUAUACGCAUAACUGAUGAAUUAAUUGCCUUUCCCUGCAUGCUGACGGACCAACCGUAUCCUCAAGAGCAUGUGCAUAUCCUGUCCUUCAUUUAUACACAUUUAUGAAUGCAAUGGAUUCCUUAUUAAACUGACGGUCCUGAUC